AUGUUCAAACUCACCUCUCGACUCGUCACGUCCAGGUUUGCCGCCUCUUCUAGACUGGCCACCGCUCGCACCAUAGUUUCGCCUCGACCCUUUCCGUCAUGGAUCUCUUUUCAGGCUAAGAGAUUCAAUUCGACAGGCUCAAAUGCCAAUGAUAUCUCGGAAAUUCAAACCCAGUUGCCCUCCAUCGAUGAGCUAACCGCUUCGCCCCCCUCUCUUUCCGCUUCCACUUCGGACCUUAUCGCUAAUACGACCCAAACUGUGGGCGAAUUGUCCUCCCAUAUAGGCUAUCUAAAUAGCAUCGGCUUGGCCCAAACCUGGUACUGGCCCUCCGACAUUAUCCAACACGUCUUGGAGGCCGUUCACGUUUACUCUGGGUUGCCUUGGUGGGGAACCAUCGCCGCCACCACCAUUCUCAUUCGAUGUCUCAUGUUUCCCCUCUAUGUCAAGUCCUCUGACACUGUUGCCAGGAAUUCCCAUAUCAAGCCCGAGCUGGACGCCUUAAAUAAUAAGCUGAUGUCCACUACGGAUUUGCAACAGGGUCAACUAGUCGCUAUGCAGAGAAAAAAACUGCUUUCUUCGCACGGUAUUAAGAACAGAUGGCUGGCCGCACCCAUGCUACAAAUUCCAAUAGCUCUCGGGUUUUUCAAUGCUUUGAGACACAUGGCUAAUUAUCCAGUAGAUGGGUUCGCUAAUCAAGGUGCCGCCUGGUUUACAGACUUGACUCAAGCAGACCCUUACUUAGGUUUACAAGUAAUUACUGCCGCGGUAUUCAUCUCGUUUACAAGGCUGGGUGGUGAGACCGGUGCUCAACAAUUCAGUUCCCCUAUGAAGCGUCUUUUCACCAUUCUACCGAUCAUUUCUAUACCGGCCACAAUGAACUUAUCAUCCGCCGUGGUUCUUUACUUCGCCUUUAAUGGUGCCUUCUCCGUCUUACAGACACUCAUUCUAAGAAACAAAUGGGUUCGUUCCAAACUGAAGAUAACGGAUGUAGCUAAACCAAGGGCACCUAUUGCUGGCGCUUCCUCUACGGAGAAUAUGGGCAUCUUCCAAUCUUUAAAGCAUAACAUUCAAAAGGCAAGAGACCAGGCGGAAAGAAGGCAAUUGAUGCAAGAUAAUGAGAAAAAAUUACAAGAAAGCUUCAAGGAGAAAAGACAGAAUUCCAAGAUCAAAAUCGUCCACAAAUCAAACUUCAUUAAUAACAAAAAAUAA